GCCGGGCCGGGGCGCGCCGCGCCGCCAUGGCUCAGUCCCGCCCCCGGGGCCCGGCCGGCAGGUGAAGCGAGGCCAGGCGGCGCGGCGUCAGCACUAAGCCGGGCCCGGUUGCUAAGUGACGUCAGGCCCGUUGCCAAGCCCCGCCUGCGCGGAGCAGGGGCCGUUCUCUCGCUCGCGCUUCUCCUACCCGGGAACGAAGCGUUCUGCGCUUGCGCCUGGCGCCGGGAGUGGCGCGGGACCGGAAGUCCGCCUGUCCGGCACAGGAAGUGACCGAGCCGUUCUGUUGUGUAUCUCUAUGGGCCGCGGGGGCUUCUGGUCUUCCGGUGCGGGUGGGGCGAGUGAUGGCGCUGGAGACGGUGCCUAAGGAUCUGCGGCAUCUGCGGGCCUGUCUGCUCUGCUCCUUGGUCAAGACGAUCGACCAGUUCGAGUACGACGGGUGCGAUAACUGCGACGCCUACCUGCAGAUGAAGGGCAACCGUGAGAUGGUCUAUGACUGCACCAGCUCCUCCUUUGAUGGGAUUAUUGCUAUGAUGAGCCCUGAGGACAGCUGGGUCUCCAAGUGGCAGCGAGUCAGUAAUUUCAAGCCUGGUGUGUAUGCAGUGUCUGUAACUGGUCGUCUGCCCCAAGGGAUUGUGCGGGAGCUGAAGAGCCGAGGUGUGGCCUACAAAUCCCGAGACACAGCCAUUAAAACCUAAGCCGUCAUUGCACCACAUGGAGGAGUCUCCAGCACGUGGCCAGUGUUCCUUUGCUGCAGAGCGGCUGGGGUACCGAGACUGCUCUAGAAAAUAGCUCUGGUGCUUUUCAGUCCUGGGAGGGGAUUGGGGGGGGGGGAAGGAGGUGAGCAGGAACUUCUAAUUUCAUGGUGGUGGUAGUGGAGGCUUGGAUCAGACCCAGCUGCUCAAGCGUUAUCUGGAUUCUUAUGGUGCCUCUCUCUUCACCCAGCAGAUGGAGAAUCUUUGAGGCCAGGGAUGGGGGAAGCAGUGGGCUGGCAGGAACCCAUCUGUGUAUGAUGAAGGGUUUCUCUAAGAGCAUUAUACAGACUCCCCCACCCCAAGUUUCUCAGAAGCAGCAGGUCAACCAGACAUUGUGGGGGGGAGGGGUCAUGGGAGGGGGGUUGUUUUGUGUAAAUAUUCCCAAUAAAAAUAUGGUCACAGG